AUGCCUGAUUCAUGUUCUUUCCAGAUGGACUCUGGGGUCUCAGAGCCUGGGGAGCAGGACCUGACAGAAGCAGGGGCGGAGCAGGAACUGCGGUGGUUGGAUCUGGGCUCUGAGGAGGCUCUGGGACCUGGGACACAGGGGCCCAGCACCCCACAGGCCUGGGGGCACUUGCUGCAGGCUGUGUGGAAGGGUCACACGGGCCUGGUGACUCAGCUGCUGCGGCAAGGGGCCAGUGUGGAGGAGAGGGACCGCGCGGGGCGGACUCCGCUCCACCUGGCGGUGUUGCGGGGCCAGGUGUCGCUGGUGCGUCUCCUGCUGCAGCGCGGGGCCCAGGUCGGAGCCGCAGACCGCGCGGGGCGCACACCGCUGCACGAAGCCGCCUGGCACGCGCCGUCGCGGGUGGCAGAGCUGCUGCUGCGGCGCGGAGCGCCGGCGAAUGCACGCUGCCUGGCCGGCCUCACGCCGCUGCACUGGGCCGCCGCUCUAGGCCGCACGCUGAUGGCUGGGCACCUGCUGACGGCGCCGGACCCGGGCCCGACAGUGGCAGACGCGCGCGGCUGGACGGCGGCGCACUGGGCGGCCGCCGGAGGCCAGCUGUCGGUGCUCGAGCUGCUGGGGGCGAACGGUGGCGCGCGUCUAGACGGCGUCCUGCUCGUGGCUGCCGCGGCUGGGCGCGCAACUGCGCUUCGUCUCCUUCUGGCGCAAGGGGCUCCAGUAGACGCCCGGGACGGUGUGGGGGCCACUGUGCUGGGCGUCGCGGCCGGCCUGGGCCGCCGGCAGGACAUGGAGGUGCUGCUUGAGCACGGGGCAGAUCCAAACCUCAAGGACAGGCAUGGCCGCUCUGCACUCCACAGGGCUGCUGCUGGUGGACAUCUGCUUGCUGUCCAGCUGCUGGCCGCCUGGGGAGCAAAGGUGGAUUCUCAGGACAAGUUGGGCCUCACCCCCCUGCACCAUGCUGCCCGGGGAGGCCACAUAGAGGUCACUGGCCACCUCCUGGACAGGGGUGCAGAGGUCAAUGCCGCUGGCUGGCUCCAGAAGACCCCCCUGCAUCUCGCCAUGGAGCAUGGCCAUGGCCCCACCGCAGAGCUUUUGCUGAGCCGAGGGGCCAGCCCCACCCUGCGGACACGGUGGGGGGAUGUGGCCCAGGACCUGUGGCCUGCCCACUGUGGAGAGCAGGAGGAGUCCUAG